UGAUGCCAUCAGUCUCGAACAGAAAUGUUAAAUGGGGUGGAGCAGGUGGGUAGCCAGAUCUCCGUUCAUUCAGCAAGCUCUUACUAAGCCCUGCGGGUGAGAUGUAGUGCUAAGGCAGGCAGAGCCCCCGUGUCCCGGAGCCUGCGUCCUAAUGAGGGUGGCGCCAAUCACUUAGUUAAUUGGUGACCUGUGAGGUAUUUGUGUUGGGUCCCCGCAACUCUAAUAAGGUUGGCCUUGUGGUUCUGACGGUGCUGGUGGAGUGCUGCGAAGGCCUGGUCUUGGGUCUUGUUCCUUGUGCUGGCUCGUUGAGGACGUGAGCUCUCUGCUGGGGAGUCUGAGGGCAGAGCUCCCAGCUUGGCCUGGCCAGCCAGUUUCUUCCGUUCAGGACGAGAGAUAGCACCUCCAGGCUUGUCAGACCAGCUCAGAAAUCUCAGUUGUCCGAUCCUGGAGCGUCCUGGUGGUCAGACCAGCACAUAUCCUUUGCCCUCCUGGGCAGGUGUCUGGAGCAGGCUGGUGAGCUGUUGUGUUGUUUGAAGAGUUGUGUAUCAGUAGCAUGACAUUUGCUGUUGGUUUUGCAGAGGGCCUGUUGCUGACCUUUGGGGUGCCCCGUCUCUGUCCUGUUUGAUUUCUGCCCCACUGUUACCUGCCCGGAGCAAACGGGUCCUGCUCCAGGAGUAGCUCUGCUCCUGGCCCAGCCUGGGCAUCGUGGAGUCUGGGUGGGAGGGUCUGAGGGAGCCUUGGCCUGGAAGUCUCUUGUCCCCCAGGCUGGAGUCAGCCUACGGGGAGCUCCUACAGGUGAGUCUGGGAACGGUUGCACUUAUGUCCUGCCUCAAGACUUCAACUUUGGUCCGUCACUGCUUCCUACAUCCAGACAUUGGGGAAGCAAAGUUCUCGGGCUGGUGUCCCCUCACUACACGCGGCAGGAGGCAGGCCCUGAGUCAGUGUCGAAGUGAAGACCUGGCUCCGAUUUGCCUGCUGUGAAGGUGCCGUGGAGCCAGAGCUCCCCAUUACAAGCUCCAAGCACCCGUACACUCCUUGUCACACUGUCUUGUCCUCUUUCUUCCUACCAGUCCAAGCCCCAAUUUCUUCAUCUCUUUUGCAUUUUUCUUCAGCAUUUAGCCUAAAACUUGACGUACGGGGAAAAGAGUGAGCUUGUAUUGAGCCCCUGUCGUAUCCAGGUCUUCUGCUAGGCACGCAUUCUCAUUUAACUUGAUCCUCAUAACAAUUUCACUGUGUCAACAAGGAUACCAAGGCUCAGAGAAGUUCAGGCUGUUAACCAACCCCACUUAGGAUUAGUGGCAGCACGAAGUGGCUUCCAGCCCCUGCAGGUCCCACAUCUGCCAUGUUGAGCCACGGUGAGAGGUGAGCCAGUGUUGGCUGAAUGAGUGAGGUUGCAGGAGAUGCUGUGUGCCUGGGAACGAGCAGCAGGUGCUCUGGCUUAGCUGGACUGGCACCUGCGGGGGCGGGUCUACCUCGUGUGCACAGGGGCCGUGCACCGGGAGGCCGCUAGGGAAGGCACAGCCCCUCAAGUCGGUACAUGUGCCUUUAAGGAAACCCUCUAAAGACUAGUUCUGCAUUGCGAUUAUCUUCUAAUUUGUCAGGUUAGAGUUUCUUAAAGCACAGCACUGCGGUGUGACUAAAAUGCAAUGCUCUCUGCCCAGUACCCUCAUUCAGUGGUCCACGUGUGUAUGUUGACUUCUAGAUCCUAGGGGUACAUUGUGUCUCUCGCUGUCAGUGAGCCCCUACCUAGAGGAAGGGCCUUGCCCCACAACCAGGGCACUGGCAACUUCCAGUGAGGAGAUUCCUUCAGCUUUACUGUUAACUAUAUUCCUGUACUUAAUUGCAAUUCUCAUGUAAAAUUGGUGAGUCCCUUUAUAGUUUGACUCAAAACUCCCCUUGCUCCCCACUGAGAUGUCUGUCCCUUUACAGCUCCAAGAGGCAGGCUAUCUGGCUUUACAUCUGAAGCCAGAAGUAAGUGGGGCUUCUGGAAACUUGGGUGCAGCUCUGGGCCUCUGUGUGUGGGCCCUCCUGCUGGGACGGUCCGAGCAGACAGGAGCAGCUAAGAUGGGAACGGAUGCCGGGCUGGGUUGGCCUAGGUAGCAGACCCAGUGUGGGAGGUGUGUUUGUGAACCUUCGCUGCCAGGCUGCUCCCACCUCUCUGGGCUCCUGGGAGCCUCUAGUGUGAAGUGUGAGGAGCAGGUGGUCCAACAGGCCAUAGAUAGGCUUGGAGCCUCCAGGGGCGGACCCAGCUCCUCAUAUGGCCGGCAGACCCAAAGGCGAUCUAUAAAACAAGCUGUUUCCAGACGGCUCAGGCCAGUUCCCUUUGGUGGGGUGGGUGCUUCCUGCCCAAGUGUUGUAGGAUCCCAGCCUGACUGAAGAGUGAAUUGAGUGCCCACAGCCGGUGAGGCUGAACAGGCACCGGGGAGGCAGGGCCAGCGGCCGAAGCCACUGCUUUCUCUUUGGGGGCCACACCCCGGGGGGCUUGGGCACUUCCGCUUUCUGUGGGUGCGCGUGCUGAAGCAGCAGUCCGAUGGCAGGAGCUGGCGAAUGCACGCCUCCUGACCCCAUCCCCUGGGCCUUUCACCGUCCAGUUGAGUAUUGCCCAGAGGCAUGGAGCUGUUGUUCAGGGUUUGUUGGGGUACAGUUUCUGCCCCUGUCCUCUCACUGUGUUGUAAACAGAGCCCCCCAUGAGUCCCUGCACGGUGUCUCCGUCUUUCCCUGGGGUUGAUGCUUGGGUGUCUUUGCUAGAAUAGAAGCAGAGCAGACUUCAGGUGCAGGCUGGGUUUGCAGAUUUCUCACAGCCCCCGCAGCUCCGGGCCCCUGAUGCGGUGAACCCCCCAAGCCAAGGGCAGACUGCCCUCCUCUCUCUGGGUCCAGAAGGCAGGGUGGGGGCACAUGCCGGCCUGCCCUCACAGGUUCCUUCUGAUGUGUCCGUUUGAGAUGAGGCGUCUGUCGCUCGGGGAAGUUAAGUUGUUCACCAGGAGCAGAGUCGGCAUGCACAUGUGGGUCUGCUUCCCUCGAAGGUUUGCUUCUUUCCAGUUUACCAGCGAGGGCGGAUUCAAGAGAUAACAGCCGUGACUGAUCCUGGCUUUACCGUAAGAGUUUCCGCGGCUUCACCUGUUCCUCCAUGAGUAGCACCGACUACGUUUAAAUGAACAGGAGGCUGCCUUUGUGCUGUUGCUGCAUUUCUUCCCGGAUAGGAGACUUAAUAAACUCAGUGCUCGUGGAAACCUCUUAUUCCUUUGGGGGCAGUUAUGCCAAGAGAGCGUGCAAAGGAAGGCACUGCUUAACUCAGUACCAGUUGUGUGACUUGGGGUAUCAUUGAGGGCGGUGGCUUGGGUCCAGGCCCUUCCUGACCCUCACCCAGGUGACCACCUGGUCUGCCUUUGCCUAAGACGCCCCUGAAUACUUUCCUCCUAUGAAAAAUAAACCAAAAAGCCUGAAAAGCAGAAUUUAAUGUGCAACAGGUAAGAGAGGUUUCAGGAAGGGUAGUGGAACAGGGUCCUGGGUCCUGAACCCCUAAGAAUGGAGGCGGGUGUACAGUCCAGAGCUGAGUAAAUAAGGGUGGGGGGAGAGUUGUGGCCAACCACUUCCUGCCCCAGAGCAGCCCCUGCUUGCAGGAGUGAUCUGGACUUGGCCCAUUGGUGUUCCCUUCAGUGGUGCCCACAGCCCACAGUCCCCAGGCCUCUGACCCUCCCUUGCACACAGCCCCUGGGUGUGCUCUGCCUGCGCGCGAGUGGGCGUGGUGCAUGAUCCCGCUGCAGCUUGAGGGCGAGAGCCAAGUCCUCCCUCCCUUUCUGCUCCUGUGGCAGGACUCCUAGCCCUGAACAGACGUGGGAUGUGGGAUAUUGACCCUUCAGCUGGGCCUGCUGGGCCUGCUCUCUCCCUCAAUUUUGUGACCACAGUCCCUGGGCCUGUGAUGGCCUGUUUGCUGUCUUUAGAGUAAGUGCGCUUGUGAUUUCGGAUUCCCCCUGUGGUUUGCUGGGUCUUCGGCACGGAAGGCACUGGCCAGCCACUGUCCUUCAUGGCAGCUGGCUCUUUGCUCAUCAGAGCUGGGGACAGUCAGACUGGUUUUCUUCAGUGGGAGCUAGCUUGACACAGUCGAGGUGAGCAGUAAUAUGCCCUGGGGAGUCCCUCCUAGGAACCUUCUGGGGAGGGAACCCGGACUACCUAUGCCUGGGAGGACAGGGCUUCCCGGAGAGAAGGGUGGUGCUGAAAGAGCCCAUGCAUCCUUGGCUCUUGGCAGUGGUAGGAAGUUCCUGGUUGGGCUAGUGUGUGGGGACAGGACAGCAGGACGAUUGACAGAGCUGGAAGGGGAACCACGCCUCCCACUUUCCCAGGAUUUUCUUCCCCCGUUGAGCUGGGCCACUGCUGCAGGUUAGAGGGGCCCGCCAGUCUGGGAGCCCCCUCCACCCCGCCCCACCCCAGGGAAAAGCUUCUGCUGAAGUUCUCACCGGUGCUGCUUCAAAGCAUGACUCACGCUCGCUCUCCUCAGAUUGGAGCGCAGCGAGGCAGGCAGCAGAGACCCCAGCCUCUCCUCAGGAUGUUCUUCAUUGCCUUGGCCAUGCCACCUUCCAGGAUUCAGCUCAGCUCUGGCCUCUCAUUCAGGACGGGGCCCAGGCUGCCCCAGAUUGGAAGUACUCCAUGACACACACACGGAGGAAGUCCCUUCCCAUGCUGAGUUCGGGCCCCGCUGGCCGCCGGGAGCCCCUGCAGAUGGAAGGCAGCAAUACGGAGCAGGGGGCAGAGAGUGUGGAAGCUGGCAUGCCCGAGAGCCCAGGGCAUCUCACAGGGCGCCGCAAGAACUACCCACUACGUAAGCGCCCGUUGGUCCCCGAGAAGCCCAAGGCCUGCAAAGUGCUGCUGACCCGCCUGGAGAACGUGGCCGGUCCACGGAGUGCAGAUGAGGCUGAUGAGCUGCCUCCCGACCUGCCCAAGCCCCCGAGCCCAGCCCCAUCCGGUGAGGACACUGGCCUCACCCAGCCCCGUAAGAGGCGCCUGGCCUCCCUCAACGCGGAGGCCCUCAAUAACCUGCUGCUGGAGCGGGAGGAUGCCAGCAGCCUGGUGGGCACCCGUCGCAGCCGAGGGGGCGACCCUCACCGCACCCGGGACCGUGACCGGGCCACGGGGGGCUGGGCCUCCUCCAAGAAGCGGCCCCGGCUCGGGGACCUUGGAGGAGGAAGUCGGGACCUGUCCCCAGAGCCAGCACCUGAUGAGGGUGCCCGUCGAGAUGGCGAUGCAGCGCCCAAGAGACUGGCCAGCCUGAAUGCAGCUGCCUUCCUAAAGCUGAGCCAGGAGCGGGAGCUACCCUUGAGGCCACCUCGUGCCCACCCAGAAGCAGAGGGGCGCUCCACGGAGCCACCAGCGCUGAGGGCUCUGAGGCCAAAGUGGGCUAAUAAGGUCAAUGGCAAGAACUAUCCCAAGGCCCGGCAGGGCCCUGGCUCUGGGGAGGCUCUAGGCCCACUCGGCUGGCAGAGGCACCCCGAGGAGCCGUGGCCAUCUGCCACCCCUCGUGGGCCAGCCAGCCAGCCACCUUACCAGCCCCUGAGCAAGGCUCUGGAGAGCCCCUUGGGGCUCCGCCCCCACCUGCCCCUGCUGAUGGGUGGGCAGGCAGCCUUGAAGCCGGAGCCUGGGCGCCCAGGCGAGGAGUCCCCCGCCCCGAAGCAGGAACUGCACCAGCCUUCUUUCCCUGCACCCCAGCUGUCCCCCCUGCCGAUGCCUGGCAACCCUGCCCACUACAGUGGCCUGUGCGGUCGGCCUGAGCUCACCGCACUCGGCGGCUUCUACGUGUACUGUGGCCAAGACGGGCUGCAGUGUGGAGGCUACUCCCCCUGCCCCAUGCUUCCCGAGAGCAAGUUGUCCCCAGUGGCUGCACCUAACGAGGGGCUCCUCUUGGCGCCGAGCUCAGUGCCCGCGGGCACCCCUUUCCAGCACCCUCCCUGGGGCUCUCAUUACUGCUCUGGCGAGGACACUGGAGUGAACGGCUACAGCAUCUGUGAAAUGUUGCCCCCAUCUCUUACCCACAUCGGCACUACCUGUGGCGGCUGCCCCUACAAAAUGCCUUUUGCAGCAGAAGGCUGCAGGUCCCUAGGCCAGCUGGAAUUUCCUCUCCCGGAAGCCGGCCACCCUGCCUCCCCUGCCCACCCCCUCCUGGGAUGCCCUGUGCCCAGCGUGCCACCUGCAGCAGAGCCUGUCCCCCAUCUUCAGACACCCACCUCGGAGCCCCAGACAGUAGCCCGCGCAUGCCCUCAGAGCGCCAAGCCUCCUAGCGGCUCCAAGUCAGGUCUGCGCACGGGCUCCAGCUGCAGGCACACGGCGAGAAGCAAGGCCUCCUGCAGGCCCAGCCACCCCAAGCAACCACGGGUCCAGCGCCCACGCCCACGCCGCCGUCGCCGCCGCCGCACUAAUGGCUGGGUGCCCGUUGGGGCUGCAUGUGAGAAGGCUGUCUAUGUCUUGGAUGAACCAGAACCAGCCAUCCGAAAGAGCUACCAGGCAGUGGAGCGGCACGGAGAGACGAUCCGAGUCCGCGACACUGUCCUCCUCAAGUCAGGCCCACGAAAGACGUCCACACCUUAUGUGGCCAAGAUCUCCGCCCUCUGGGAGAACCCUGAAUCAGGAGAGCUGAUGAUGAGCCUCUUGUGGUAUUACAGACCGGAGCACUUGCAGGGGGGCCGCAGUCCCAGCAUGCACGAGCCUUUGCAGAAUGAAGUCUUUGCAUCGAGACAUCAGGACCAGAACAGUGUGGCCUGCAUUGAGGAGAAAUGCUACGUGCUGACCUUUGCUGAGUACUGCAGAUUCUGCGCCAUGGCCAAGCGCCGGGGCGAGGGCCUUCCCAGCCGAAAGACCGCACUGGUGCCCCCGUCUGCAGACUACUCUACCCCGCCACACCGCACAGUGCCCGAGGACACGGACCCUGAGCUGGUGUUUCUUUGCCGCCAUGUCUAUGACUUCCGCCAUGGCCGCAUCCUCAAGAACCCUCAGUAGCCUCCUGAGGCCCACACUGGGGCUGCCCGCGGGCAAGUGGGGCUCGGGGCAGGGGGCACUGCUUGAAGCACAGCACUUGGUUAAGGGGCCAUGGGGGCUUGAGAUUGCUGGCCUGUGGUUCUCGGGGGGGGGGAGGGCAGGGAGGCCAGGGUAUAAGGAAAGCAUCACAGCCCUCAGCUUGGCCCAGGGUACCCCUCUCUGUGGUUGCCUGGGUGGAGACUUGAAGCAGCAGUCUUCCCUGAGGCUGGGCCAAGCCUGAGGGGCAUGGGACCCUGGGGGGGAGGGGAGAGUCCUUCAGGAAUAAGGCCCAACAGGCUUUUCUUUAGCCUCCCCUGGGCCCUUCAAGGGGGGGAGUGGGAGCCAGCUUUACCUCACCCACUGUGACCCGCUGGCUUCCCCAUCAGCCUGGGACCAGGCUCUCCCAGAUUCUAGCACAGCUCCGAGCUCCUUCCUUUGAGGCAUAGAGAGCCAGAGUCUGGCUUCCAGAGCAUAGACUUUCUCUUUCUAGACUCGGGGCCUUUCCCUGGCUUCCUCCUUUGCCCCUGCAGUAGCCCCUGGUGCUGGGACAAGUUACCCAGUGCACACAGUCAUGGGUGUGGCCCACUUGUGGGCGUCAGCUUCCUGUCUGCCUCCUGGUGAGGGCCACCCAGCAGGUCUGGCUUCCCAGAAGCUAACUGGCCAACAUGGGGUUUGUCAUGUCUGGGAGGGCAGAAGGGAGCUGGGAGGGGGCGGGGGGCAGGGGGCAAGGAAAAUUGCUACCUGAUUUAUUGAAGACUUUUCCUCUUGCCUUACACUUGGAGGUUCUAGGAAACCUCUUGCAGAACUUCAUCCAUGACUCUUUGAGCCACACCCACCUGAAAUCAAACCAAAGGAGUGCUGUGGCUCCCCCUGCCCUGCCACCCCUUACCCUAGUCUUUUGUAGAUUGCACUAAUUUACAUCCCUGCGUGAAUCAACACUGUAUCAGUCCGCAGACCUGCUGAGCUGCAGCCACUCACUCUAGGAGCUAAGGACCUGCAUUUUCAGUUUGUUCCUGUUGCCCAGGGGCCCUGUGCUCACCUCAUGCUGCUCCCCAGAGUAGGUUAGGAGGCUGGGCCCCCUGUUGUCCUUGCCAGGACUCGGCCCUGGCCCCCCUGGGGCUCUCUGUGAGGGGGCUGGAGCAGCCUGGUUCUAUCCCAUUUGUACCAAAGAGGAGCGCGGUGGGGAGGGGGAGAGGAGAGCUCGGUGUGGUCUGGGCGCUGCUGUUAGCACUUCCCAGGGGCAUACCUCUGGGGCCAGGAGCCAAGGAGGGCAGCACUCCUCCUCCCCUAGGAAGGGGCAGGCACAGACCCAGCUUGAGCUAAGGAGGUGACACUGGGUGAGGACGGUCAGGCUGGGUCUGGAGAGGGUGGUGGAAGCGAAUCCUUAGGAUCCUCCCGGCAACCCCAGGCCCUGUACUAUCCCUGAGAAGACAGGCUGCUCCCGAUGGGUCAUUAGGUUUGGGGGAGGUCUGGAGGCUUCAGAGGUGAAUUUACACAUGGAAAGCCCAAUCCCAAACCAGGAGGGGAAGGGACUAGGGUGCCCUUGUAUUGAAUAAGCUGUUAGGAGGAAGGCGAGGGGCAGUAAAAGAGGUUGUCAGGGAGUGGCUGUGGGAGCUCUGGAGAGCUGGCCUGGGAGCCUGCUCAUUCCCAGGGUGCUGGGCCCUUGCUGCUGAGGCGCCCAGCCUCACUCCGCAGAAGAGAUCAAGGUCCCUCCUCCCCCGGAGGCAGGGUCUGCUGCCCAGAACUUAAAUGCUUUUGAAAUCUCUUAGAUGUGGAAAUAUUUUUUCGAACCUGAAAAUGCAGCUGGUAGAAUUUCAAUGGAAGCAUAAUUCAUGUAAAAUAUAUUUUAGUUGAUAUUUUGUAAAAUGCACUUUUUGUGUGUGUCGACCCUGGUUUCUCAGAUCUGUAUUUCAGUGUUUACAAGGGAGGGAGGACCUUUCCUCGCCUCCCUUUUGACAGAGAUUAGAAGUACUUCUUUAAGAAAAAAAUAAAUUUGAAAAAUUGUAUUGAUUUAGAAAAGGAUCGUC